AUGUCUGGAGCCAGAGCCGUUGUCAGGACUCUCGAUCAUCUCGUGCUCACCUGCGCAAGCGUUCCAAAGACGGUCCAGUGGUACACCAAGUACCUCGGGAUGAAGGCGGAAACUUUUACGUCGCCUUUGGAUCCAUCCGUCCAGAGACAUGCGCUGAAGUUCGGCACGCACAAGAUCAACCUGCACCAACAGGGCAAAGAGUUCGAACCCAAGGCCAAGACCGCGCUGCCAGGCACGGCUGACCUUUGUUUCCUGGUGGAGGAUGGCACCAAUCUGGAAGAGCUCAUCAAGGGUUUCCAAGGAGAUGGAGUCCAGGUCCUCGAAGGCGAGAAAGUGGUCGCGCGAACGGGCGCUCAGGGUCCCAUGCAGAGCUUUUACGUGAGAGACCCUGACGGGAACUUGAUUGAACUUUCUCACUACAAGUCAUAG